UGGCUUUUCGAGUUUCAAGUUUAUAAUCAGUGCAUCAUCUACUUGGCUGUAUUUCAGCUUUAGACUAUUAAUUCUAUAUUCAGUGCAUUAUUUAAAAGUCCUGUGUGUGUGGCCAUAAUCUCUGGAUAUCCUGGUGCAUUGUGAAUCGCUACUCAUUUAUAUACGUCGUCUUCUGGACGUGGUGACAUUCAGUGAUUUUACACGCACAUCUACUGCACAGUCUCAGUUGGGAUAAUUAAUUAAUAGAGGGUAGCACAGUACUGCUGCUGGAUCAUGGCGGUGGCUCGAUCUCCACGGCGUAGUUUGUCACUAACUAGUGUAAACAAUGAUAAUAACACCUUAGCCUCAUCAUCUGUCAAUUUUGACCACAACAAAAUGGUUUCUGACCUCAAUAACAUUGACCUUACUUGUCUUACUCAAUUAAAAACAACUAAACUUGGUCGUCCUCGCAAAGACAGUAACAAGGAAGACAUACCUAGUGUCUCUGGUCUCACUGACCUAUUAAAAACACUCGUUGAGCAACAAACAACAUUACUCAAUCAAAAUAUAUUGAAUAAUGAUAAAAUUGACAAUUUAAUUUCUAACAAUAAUAAUAUGUGCAAAAAGCUUGAUGAGAUAAAUGGCUUUGUUAUAAAUAAGUGUACUCAAAUUGAACAAGAUUUAAUUCAAACUAAGCGCAGUCUUGGUGAAACUGUCAAAAAAAUCUCUGAUGAAAAUAUAACCAGAGUUGCUGUGUUGCAAGAUGGCAUCAACAAUAACUCAGAAUUAAUUAAGAGAAUGAAUAACAUCAUUGUCUAUAAUAUUCCAGAAGAAAAUUCAAUAACUUUGACACCAAAACAACGAACUGAUAUAGAUAGAGAUUACAAACUCAAUAUUGCACUGCAUCCAGAUGUAUCCAGCAAUGUUGCCAACCAUGACACAGUUACUGUUAAUCCUGCCACAUUAGACAUUUAUUAUCAAAACUGUAGGAGCAUCAAAAAUAAGAUGAACGAGUUAUUUGUCAACUCACUGAGCACACAACUUGACGUAUUACUACUUACUGAAACAUGGCUUGCAGCUGACAUUUCAUCGUAUCAUUUCUUUGAUUGUAGUCAAUACACUGUGUUCAGAAAAGAUAGAAACUGUAUUUCGAAAUGCAGAGGUGGUGGAGUGUUAUGUGCUCUUAAUAAUGAUAGUAUAGUUAGAUGUCACCAGCUAAAAUUACCAGCUGUUAUUAAUUAUAUUUACGAUAUUGAUACCUUGGGUAUUUUUUUAGAACAUCGUCGUUGUAACUACCGUAUUAUUAUUCUUUAUAUACCACCAGAUUUUAGAGUACCUCGAGGCUCUUCAAACCUACAUAUUAUCACUUAAAUCGAAAGUCUUAAUAAUUGGUGAUUUUAACUUACCUUCGUUUUGUAAAAAUAAUUUGUGUAAUAGGUCAAACUGGAAAAUUGUUUCUGCUCUUGCCACUUUGGCACAUGCAGUUAAUUUACAACAAAUCAAUAAUAUUGCUAACCAGGCUGGUAAUGUACUUGACCUGGCAUUCUUAAAUGACCUUGAAUAUAGCAUCAAACCAGCUGAACCAAUUGUAACAAUUGACAAGUUCCACCCACCUAUUUUAAUUCAGCUUCUCACUAAAAAUCUAGACUCUCAAUCCAAUACUGGUCUUGCUGAUAUGGCAAAUAACCAAGUCAAUAAAUUUAAUCUAAAGUUUAUUGAUAUCGACUCAUUUAAAAGGGGGCUGAGACUUGUCAACUGGAACACUCAACUUGAUCAUGCUGUGUCAGUUGAUAGUUUAUGUGAUGCCUUUUAUCUCAAUCUAUAUAAUAUUAUUAAUAAACACUACAUAGUGCCUGCUGUGGCCAGGUGUAGAAGCAAUUUUCCUCGUUGGUACACAAAAAAUCUUAUUGAUUUAAUCAAAUGUAAACUCAAAUAUAGAGCAAUAGUUAAAAACAAUAAGAACAAAACGAAUAUCUUACGUGUAAAAGCACUAGAUGCUGAUAUCAAAAGUUUAACAGUCAGAGAUUAUAAUAAUUUUAAUAAUACAAUCGAGUCCAGUGUCACUACCUGCCCAAAGAUGUUUUGGUCAUUUGUUAACGAUAAACUUAAGAAUAACAGUAACAUCUCCUGUAUACUAGUUGGGGACACACUGCACUACGAUUCAUCCAAAAUAGUAAACUUGUUUGCUUCUCAUUUUUCAAGCAUAUUUGCUCCAUUACAGCAUGACUACUUGUCUAAAUAUCAGCUCAUAACUACAACUAGUUAUAUUGAUAAUUACCCUAUUACAAUUGAUAAACUUGAUAUAUCGCGUGUUUUGCUUGAACUAAAGAACUCCAAUUCAGCUGGAUAUGACAGGAUACCAUCAUCAAUUAUUAAACUGUGUGCUGAUGCUCUUAUUGUACCACUUAAAAUUAUUUUUGAUGAGUCGUUACGUGCUGGUGUAUUCCCAACUCGCUGGAAAAUCUCGGUGAUUAGACCAUUAUUCAAGUCAGGUAACAAGCUAGACGUAAAAAAUUAUCGCCAAAUAUCUCUACUAUCGACUUUCUAUAAAGUUUUUGAGAAAGUGUUAUAUAAAAUUAUACUAGAUUAUUUUAAAAUUUACAUCACAAAAAACCAACAUGGCUUCAUUAAAGGUCGUAGUACGUGUACUAACUUGACUGUCUUCACUGAAUAUGUUAUGAAUCGUAUUUGUAGUGGUGGUCAGGUUGAUGUCAUCUACACAGACAUGUCAAAGGCAUUCGACAGGAUAGACUGGCUCACACUUAUCAACAAAUUAAUAUUUAUCAAUCUUCCAUUAUGCAUUAUAAAUCUAAUCUGGUCUUACCUGUCGAAUCGCCGAUGCCAUGUCUCUGUGGAUGGCAUAUUAUCGUCACCUUUUUCACCAACAUCUGGUGUUCCCCAAGGAUCCAUCCUUGGGCCAUUAUUGUUCAAUAUAUAUAUUAAUGACCUUACACACACACUAUCAUGUUACUCGUUGUUAUACGCAGAUGAUGUUAAACUUUAUCUACCAAUUGUAACUAGACAUGAUUGCUCAUUCUUGCAAUCUAAUCUAAAUAAGUUUGUAGGCUGGUUUGCUCGAAAUUAUAUGUCAAUUAACAUUGAUAAGUGUUACGUUGUAACAUACAGUCGUGCUAGGAACUUGGUGCCUUAUAAUUACACCAUUAAUGGUAGAAUCAUAUCACAAACUGACAAUGUAAUUGACCUUGGGGUGAAAUUUGAUAGUAAACUUAUGUUUAACCAUCAAAUUGAGCAUGUGGCUAGAGCUGGCAUGGUGGCACUUGGGCUUGUAAUCAGGCUAACACAGUCAUUUAGUUGUCCUAAGGCUAUAAAAUGUCUAUAUCAUGCGUUUGUUGGAUCCAAACUUGAAUACUGUUUACCUACUUAUCCACUGCGUUGCUUAAAACAAUUUAAAAAAAUAAACAGUAUUCAACGUAGAUUCAACAAGCACAUGAUCAAAAAAACCAAUGGAAUUAUCAUGCCACGUGGACAUGAUGAUGCUGUGUUGAAUGAUCUUGCCAAAAUGUUACCCAUGUCCAUACGACGUGAAGCUCUAAUGGUCAUGUUUUUCAUAAACUUGUUACAUGGUAAGAUUGACUGUCCAGAGUUGCUGACUGGUGUAAAGCUUAAGGUACCGAGUACCAAGCUGCGUAACUCUAAACCAUUCUACGUAGAGUCCUCCACCACCAAUAUAUCUUACUUUUCACCUGUAAAUGUCAUGGUUGACAUGACUAACAGAGUCUGUUUGAAUUCAACAUUGCUGGAACACAUCUUAUCAUUCGAACAUGUUACUAUUGAUUUUGUAAUGAAUUGUGUCAAGGCUUCGCAAAGAUCACAAUCAUAACUUAAAUCUUUUGAUAUACUUUACUUAUGUAUUUUUUCUUUCUUUAUUCAUUGUAAUUUUUAUACUUAAUAAUGUAAUCAACACUUAGCUUAAUUCCAAAUGUAAAUUUGUAAUUCUACCUUAAUCCCUAUAAUGACCUAGGUCGCUGGGAUUGAAAUAAAUAAAUAAAUAAAUAAAGUGACAGGCUAAAAUCAUAGUACAACAAAAUGAAUAAAGACAGAGAGUUUAAAAGGUUAGAAGAAAGCGAUUCUGGACAUGGAGAUGACCCAUUAGAAGGAACAAGCAAAAUGAAUGGAAAUUAAAUAAAUUUCAGCUGUAACAAUAAUCAUUGUAACAAUAGAGAAUGAAAUAAAUUUGUAGUCACGAAUUUUAAUAUAUAUUAAAGAAGAAA